AAGCAAUCUUGGAUGGUUCCGUGUCCUCUAUGAAUUUACCCGGCAAGGAUCGUCUCGUCCUAGGAUCUUAGCAUAAUCCAUAAUUCGAAUGAAGGAGCUUAGCAUCCAGCAGUCGCUAUAGCCCAGUGCCUUCUUGUAACUUCCGUAAUCAAGCCGCUGUCGGUUGAGCUUGAUCGAAAGAUGGCGGUUAACCUCCGCGACAGACAAUGUUGUAACAACUAUAAAGAACCCCAUCGCCUCCCUGGAGCAAAAUACCUUAGACCACCCUCCAUCGUCAUUCUACAGCACAAUAAACACAACAGACGCUGAUCGAGAUGUCCCAUCGCCAAUUGAAACCUAAAAUACUACCGUUGGAGAGUGGAUUUUCAGAAGAGCAUCACUAUUUGAACUAUCGACAAUCGCGAGAUGAACAGCCCCAGAGUCAACAGGUGACGCGCCAGCAUUUGCAGGGCAGACGUACGGAGGACUUCAAAUCGCCAGGUCAACCACCGCAGAGCCAAGGUAUAACGACUCAAAAGUCCCCUCGCAUAAACUCAGAAGACCAAUCACCGCAGCAUCAUGAAUGGCCAAGCCAACAUUCACUGAGCGAAGCAUCAGAGAAUGAACCCUAUCAGAUUCCUGACGAUACUAAAGAAAUGCUGACGAUAUUUAAGGAUCGUCUCGGCCCUCUUCGUCAUAAGAGGCAAGAUGAAGAGAAACAAUUCCUGGCUAGACAGAAUUCUUCUGCGCCCUCAACCACUAAGACUACUGCAGCACGCGAGUCGAAAAAGAAAGCUAAAAGAGUUCGUUUUCAGGAACGGUCCCCACAGGAGCUCAGCAAGUCAUCAGGGAAGCGCAGGGCGCCUUAAUACCUCUGAGCAUCGUACCUACAACCUAGAUCGCCUGCUGUAUAUGCGGCUCAGGGGUUGAUGUAACUAGGAAAGAAAUUCCUAGUUUUCAUACUUUCGCUUCAUUAG